AUCUCACUUUUUCCAAUGCAUAUAAUAAUAUCAGCCAAUCCAACCACCCCAAACCUCCGGUAUUUCCUCUGCUAUAUAUAAACUCAUUUAGACUCCCGACAUUUUCUCUCACCCCAAUUCUUAAAGCGGCGGAUUGUAUUGUAUUUGUUGCUGUAAUACACUACUCACUCUCAUCUCUCACCUACCCCAACAUUUUCUCUCUCCUCCCGCCAUGGCUAGCUUCGACAAGAUCAAGGUUGCCAACCCCAUUGUUGAAAUGGAUGGUGAUGAAAUGACUCGUGUCAUCUGGCAGAUGAUAAAGGACAAGCUGAUUUCUCCAUUUCUGGAAUUGGACAUUAAAUACUUUGAUCUUGGUCUUCCCCACCGUGAUGCCACUGAUGACAAAGUUACUAUUGAAAGUGCUGAAGCAACCCUAAAGUACAACGUGGCAAUCAAAUGUGCAACUAUUACUCCAGAUGAAGCCCGUAUGACAGAAUUUAAGUUGAAGCAAAUGUGGAAAAGCCCAAAUGGGACAAUUAGGAACAUUUUGAAUGGUACUGUCUUUAGAGAACCCAUUCUUUGUAAAAAUGUUCCUAGGCUUGUUCCAGGCUGGACUAAGCCUAUUUGCAUAGGAAGACAUGCAUUUGGAGAUCAGUACAAAGCUACUGAUGCUGUCAUUAAGGGAGCUGGGACACUCAAGCUAGUAUUUGUACCCGAAGGAAAAGAUGAGAAAACAGAAAUGGAGGUUUACAAGUUUACUGGUGAUGGAGGAGUAGCUUUGGCCAUGUAUAAUACCGAUGAGUCCAUUUCUUCAUUUGCAGAGGCUUCAAUGAACAUGGCCUAUGAGAAAAAGUGGCCACUCUAUCUUAGCACAAAGAACACCAUUCUUAAGAAAUAUGAUGGGAGAUUCAAGGACAUAUUUCAAGAAGUUUAUGAAAGCAAGUGGAAGACAAAGUUUGAGCAAGCUGGAAUAUGGUAUGAGCACCGUCUCAUUGAUGAUAUGGUUGCUUAUGCUCUCAAGAGUGAUGGAGGUUACGUAUGGGCAUGCAAAAACUACGAUGGAGAUGUACAGAGUGAUUUCCUUGCCCAAGGGUUCGGAUCUUUGGGAUUGAUGACUUCUGUAUUGAUAUGCCCUGAUGGCAAGACUAUUGAAGCUGAAGCUGCUCAUGGGACAGUGACACGCCAUUUCAGAGUUCACCAGAAGGGUGGUGAAACCAGCACCAACAGCAUUGCUUCGAUCUUUGCUUGGACUCGGGGACUUGCUCAUCGUGCUAAGUUGGACAGCAAUGAGAAACUUUUGGAGUUCACACAGAAAUUGGAAGCAGCCUGUGUCAACACUGUUGAAUCUGGAAAGAUGACCAAGGAUCUUGCUAUUAUCACCCAUGGACCCAAGAUUGCAAGGGACCAAUAUCUGAACACAGAAGAGUUCUUAGAUGCUGUGGCUGCAGAGCUUAAAGCAACACUUUAGACCCAUAUAAAUUUACUGAUAUGGUUCGUCCCACAUUCCUUCUAGAUCUACGAUUCUUAUGGAUUGAUAACAAGCAAGUGAGAAACAAAACCCUUCAUACAAGCUUUGAUCUCUUGAGGCUUUCUAGACUUAUUUAUUUUAAACCUCACUUGGCUUCGGUUUGGCAGUCCUCUUUUCUUCUUCAGAAUAAUCUUUGAUCUUCAUUGAAUUACAAACGGCUAUGUUAUUUGGCCUUUACAAACUCAAUGCAAUUUUAUGCUUGCUGAAAAGUCAUCUUCUUAUUUGUUUACUUCUCUAUUUAUUCACCGGUUAUUCUAUC